UUUCCUUUUGUUUCAGACAGAAUUACAUACCAGCACGCAUGCGAUACGGAACAAGGAUGUUAAAAAGAGCCUGUGAUUAUUACUAAUACAAAUGUAAAGUGAAGUGUGAAAGCAGAAAUCAACUGCAUACAAAGCAAAUAUAAAAUAGUUAGGAAAAUAGAAAUUUGAAAGUGGAUAAUUACCCAUCAUCGGGUUUUAAGCAAUAAAAAUUAUUAUAUGUGUCAAAUAUGUGUCAAAAGAUAAAUUUAGUGAAUACAAGACAGUUGUUUAGAUGACAAUCACUUGAUGUAAAGCAGUGUAUCAACAAACUAGUGAAGAAAAUCUAAUCCCAGCUAUUUUAAUGAUAAACAAAUUAAGACUUUGUAAGAUGACAAUAUUGAAUCCUUCUGUAAGUGGAGGCUGUCUGUUAGCAGUCAGUGUGUUGACGGUACUUGCAGGUCCAGUAACAUACCUCAACCAGGAAGAUCUUAGCAGUAGCCAUUUGGUACAUUUCACAUGCUGUGAUGGUAGUUGCCAGGACAAAACAAAUUUUGUGAAUUACAACCGAUACCUUGUAGUGGCGCCAGAUGUCCUCUAUGUUGGAGCAAUGAACUACUUGUAUCUGUUGAAUAAAAACGAUUUGACCUGUACAUGUGUGCUAGUAAAUGUCUGGUGCCUGACUGCCAGAACCACAUUCGAGUCAUCAUGGAGAAUAAUAAUCGUAAGCCAGCUUUUUGUGUGUGGGACCGGGGCCUACUUUCCCACCAAAUAUACCCUCAAUGCAAACUUAACAGAGACGGAAAGUAGUGGUAGAGGAAAUGGCAUCUGCCCAUUUGAUCCAAAUGAUACUGCAACAUCCUUGUACACAAAUACAGGAAACCUGGGAAAUGGGUCUGCAAUGUACUUCGGUACCUACUCCGACUUCCUGGAGAAUAAUCCGGUGUUCUUUCGACCCAAAUUUGUCGGGACAGACGGUAUUGAGCACACCGACAAGAGUACCGACCAAGAUGACUCCAAGUGGCUCAAUGUCCCCCAGUUCGCAGGCACGUUCGAUGAAGGGAACCAAGUUUUCACAUUUUUCAGAGAAAUUGCUCUGGAGUUCCCGGAUCCGUUAGUGAAAAAAACAUACGCAAGAGUAGCCAAAGUGUGCAAGCAAGACCUUGGUGGUGGCUAUAUGAACAAAGAAAAAUGGCUGUCAUACCAGAAGGCAAGGCUUAAUUGCUCGCUGCCAGGCCGUGACCCAUACUACUUUGAUGAUCUCUAUGAUAUCUACAAAAGUGGAGACCAGUACUUUGGGCUGUUUUUCAAGCAUGGGGCUGACCUCAACUCCUCAGCCGUCUGUGUGUUCAGCAAGGCACGGAUAGAAGAGUCCUUCAAUGGCAAGUUCAAGUACAAGGAUGGUGAUAUGUGGGAGACAGUUCCUGACAAUCUCAAUCCUAACCCAAGACUUGAUAAUUGUACAGCCCACGACACUAAUCCGCUCAUAUUUGAAAACCGUGUUUCGGAAUAUCAGCUAAUGGACAAGAACGUGGAUAUGGAAUACGAGGGCCCGAUAUUCUAUAAGCGUGGUGUACAGUUCAUGAAGAUCGUUGUAGGACACGAGUUCAAUAAAAGUAGAAACAUCUAUUUGGCUUCAGAUAAGGGAAGUGUGCACGACAUUUUUAUGAAGACGUUUACCAGCGGCAAGCCAAAAUGUAAAGAAAAUGCAGUGUACAGGCCUUUGAAGAAAGAUGCUCCUAUUUGGGACAUGAAACUUGAGAGUUCAACCCUGUACCUGGGCACUGAUCAUGAAGUGGUGAAAUUCGACCUGACAAAAACCUGCUCCAAGAUGGUUCAAUGUGACGCCUGCGUGUAUAACACACUGUGUGCAUACUGCAACAACACUUGCGAUGUCAGUUCAUGUACAGGCACUGGUAAUCUUAGAGCAGACCACAAUGAUGUGCAUCAAACUCUCAGCUUAGUGGCAGUUCUUACAAAUAAAACAAUUAUUAAAGAUGGUCGUCACUUUCUCUCCAACAUGCCAGUUGCGUCGGCUGAGGGAUCCCCAAAUCAACAAAAAUCAACAGAGCAGUUAAGUGAGUGUUGUAAUAAAGAGCCUGUUAACAAACAAAAGAAGUUCGAAACCAAGUCAGAUGAACUUCAUUACUGGCUAAUACAAUAUUUCAAGGGGGAGGUGGAAAAACAGGAACGGGAGAAACAACUACUUGAUAUAGAAAUUCGCAUGCUGCUUGCAGAGGAAAAGAGACGGGAACAGAAAGUUGUGGAUGAUUUCAUCGAUUGCACAUUUUUCGAGGACUAAUUGAAAACCAUUUUUACUACAUCUAAAUUAGCACAUGUAUCAACUCUUUGACUGAAAAUAAUAGUUUUAAAUUUGCUAUUUUGCUUUAUUGAAUACAAAAUUAUUAACAUUGAUUAUUUUAAAUGUUGUUCAUCAAUAAUUGUGUUAGAUUAUGCACUUUAUAAUUAAUGUCCUUACAUUAAUUCGAGAAACAUUUUUCUUAAUUACGCGAAAAAUCUGUUGACAAUGUAAUCGCGUAUGUGAGUCACGCUUCCGUUUCCGUUCACAGCAUGAUUGAAGACUGCAUCUGUAUUGUCUUGAUUUUCAUCAGAAUCAAUGUCGGGUUCGUUUAGAGCGAUUCAAAUGUUGUAUAGUAUCACGCAUGCUGUUGUUAUCUUGCAUACCUUUGCCGGCGACAAUCUAACCUGCAAAUAUUGAAAUAAUAUAACUGUUAUAGGCAUAUUAAAUAUAAAAACCUUUAAUGAAUUCUAGCUUUAAUUAUGUAACGAGCAUUCACUUAUUUCUUCAGUAUGAAAGUAACUGACUUACUUGAACAUUGCAUAUGUAUGAUAUUGUUUUUAUCCCCCGCCAUAGGCGGAGGGAUAUUGUUUUGUCGUUGUACAUCCGUCCGUCUUCCUGUCCGUCCAUCCAGUACUUUAGUGUCCGGAGCCAUAUCUUCGAAGUGAUUUAGCGGAUUUCAUUAAAACUUUGUAUGAGUAUAUAAAUAUAUGAAUAAGAGGAUGACGCACGCCAAAUGGCAUUGUACACCAUCUUAUAAUAACGGAGUUAUGGCCCUUGGUAUCUUGAAAAAAUGUUUUUUGUUUACCAUCCUUGGACGGUGUGUCGAGCGAAAGAAUUAGGUCGAUAUCUCCAAGGUCAAGGUUACACUUUUAGUUCAAAGGUCAAAAAUGGCAAUAAAUGAUCUUGUCUGGGCCAUAACUAUGUCAUUCAUUGUGAGAUUUUAAAAUGAAUCUGUACAUUAAUUUUGUUCACAGUCAUUGGACAGCGUGUCAUGUGAAAGAAUUCAAAGGUCAAAAUGGCUAUAAAUAAUAAUUCUUUAUAAUUGUCAUAAAUUACAUUCUCUUGUUUUGUGAAGACAGCAUGCAAAAUAGUCUGUGUCAAUGCUGCACGUGGGGGUAUACGUCACGUCUGUGACAAAGCUCUAGUUUCCAUUAACACAUAAGCCAUGAAACUUGACAUACAGUUAAGUCCGGUAAUCUUGCUUAGUCAUCUGGCAUGACCCUGGCCAACUGGCAUUGACACUUGUAAAUUUCCCUGUAUGACAAAAAUAACCUAUACGUUAACACAUGGACAUCGUAUUUGAAAAUUAAAAUGACAAAUCAAUGUAA